AAUUACUACGCAUAACGGUAUUCGUUAAGGCUUAUAACGAAAAUAAAUCGUAGUAGAUGUACAUGUUGUCGGCCACAUUACAGGUUCAAAAAUUUAUCACAAGAUGGAAAAAGAGUCUCGUUAUGAAACAACAGUCAAACGCCUCAUUGGUCAUAAUCUGAAUGCGGAGGAAAAGGUCCAAUUGUACAACGACUGGAGCUCUACAUUUGAAACGAAUAACAAACAAUUUGGUUACACGGGAAACAGUAAAUGUUGUGAUGUAGUAUGUAAAUAUUUCCCUAAAAACAGAGAACAUAUUGUUAUGCUUGAUGUAGGAGCAGGUACCGGUUUACUAGCUGAAGAAUUGGCAUCUAAAGGAUUUAAAAUCAUCGAUGGAUUGGAUCCCUCUUCGGGAAUGCUGAAAGAGGCAGAAAAGAAGAAGACUUAUCGAAAUUUAUUCUGCAGUUACUUUACAUCAAAACCUUUGCUGUUUAGCAACCCGGUAACUCUAGAUAGUUAUGAUUUAUUAGCAGUUGUUGGUUCUUUUGUCACCGGACAUAUCCCGUAUGACGCCAUAAUUGAAAUGAUAAGAAUAACAAAACCAGGUGGUAUAAUUUGUAUAGUGAAUAGACGUUCCCCUUUUUAUGAAUCACCAGACUACGAGGAUAAGUUUUUCCCGUUAUGUGAUCGUUUGGAGAAAGAAGGAAAAUGGAAGAAGGAAGAGAUUACCACGUUUAAUGGAUUUAUCGAGAACGCAGAUGGAAUUAUCAUAGUGUAUCGUGUUCGAUAACAGCAUACACGUACAAAAUUAUUGUUGAAUCGUUACACAGGGUAAUGCGAAAUGAACGGACCAAAGACUGAGGUCUACAUGAAAAGGUUCUGAUUUAA